CUAAUGUUUUAGAAAAAAUGAAAGAAAUGGCAACGGGCUUUCUAUUAGUUGUCUUUUUAUUUUCCUUUGGAAAUUGUUUAUCACCCUGUGAGGAAACUGACGCUUUUAACAUAGAUGAUUUAUUGAUGAUAUCCUUGUGGCCGGUUGACCGAAGAAUGCCCUGGGUGGAAGGGGAACAUUAUAUUACGGAGAAAGAAUCAGCUGAACUUCAGUGCCAGCUACCUGAGUUACCUUCGCAUAGUUUGGUAACUGUUACCUACACUCCUAACUAUGUAAAUAAUAUGAGAUCAGCUGUUGUUAAAAGAAGGAACAAAACUGAGAAUUCUGGUGUAGAUUAUCAAGAAGAUGAUGAAGCUUGUACAGUUACAGUUCUUAACACAAACUUUUCUGAAUCUGUACUGCAUAGUGGUUUGGUGCCUAGGUGUGGGGAAUCUAGGUCUAUACUAUACGGUGGUAGAUCAGGGGCAAGCCUCACCACGGAAAUAACUGAUCAUAAAGGAACAUUUCAUCUUGGAUACUCAGUAGAUGGAGACAGAAAAAUUGUAAGUCUUCAUUUCCCUCACAGCUUUCUCAAUCAAACAGGGACAUACCAGUGUACCAUAAUUAGAACUUGUGACCCAGGUAUUCUAGAGAAUAGAACUGAAGCUGAACAGAAUCCAGUAGCUGUCACUAAAUCUCUUUUCCUCAAGGUUUAUAAGAAACCCAGUUACAAGGAGGAUUUUGUUGUAGCAAUCUCUAGUCUUGGCAUCGGAACAGGAGCUCUGUUGAUAACCGCAUUUUUUAGCAGGGGAAUGUUCAAAAUCGAUUGAUUAGAGAGCUGGAGCUGUGGUUUUCCUCCCGUCUGUUUCAUGUCUGGAAAAUAAAGUUAUAAAUAUAUUUUAGGCUUGUUUUAUAA